GGUCCGUUUAGACAGACAGACCUGUGACUGUUGUGAGUGGAAGAAGAUAAUGCAGACUCACCUCUUGGUGGGACCCAUCCCACUCAAGGGUUGCCGUCGAUUCUCAUCCUCCUUCUCCGGCGAUCUCCUCCCUCCAUCUUCUAAUCCUAUCGGCCGUGACGUAUUCUCUCACCGUCGAAGGCACCGCGACGGCAGAUCCCGGAGUCACCGCAAUCGCUCGAAAACGACGAUUACUUGUGCGGCGUUUUCUUCGGGUUCUAAUACCGGCGGGCAGAAUCAUUACGCUGUUUUGGGUGUCGCUCGCAACGCCACACAAGUUGACAUCAAGAAAGCUUAUCGCUUGCUAGCUCGAAAGUUUCAUCCUGAUGUGAAUAAGGACUCUAGAGCCGGAGAGCUAUUCAAGAGUGUGCGUUGUUCCUACGAAGUACUAUCUAAUGAAGCUACAAGGACUCAGUACGACCGAGCACUUAAACAUCAAGAAAAUUCCCGGUUCCAUAGAGUGAGAAGGCACAACUACACCCCUGAGGUUGAAGAUGCCAUGAAGUAUUACUACAGCUGGUCUGAGAAAAGACACAGAUCCAGACACGAGAGAUUCUAUGGACGCUAUUCUACAUAUCCAAAUUCACAUUUCUAUGCUGAGACUGAGCCGCAAGAAGAAGAAGAAGAAGUAGAAACAGCUCAAGACCACAGAGACUCCUUCGUCGAAGCUCUCAGAUCCGCCUUCUUAUCGAUGUUUCUUCUAUAUACAUUCGGUUGCCUAGCAUCUCUCACAUUUAGCACAUUCACAGCUUUGCUUGACAAGGAACUCGACAUGGGUUACAAAGUCGGAUUCAUGAUCGCCUGGAUACUAGGCGGAAAAGGCGGCAUCCUUCUCACUCUCUGCCUAACAUUUGCAAGCUGGCUCUGUGGGAAAGCAAGCAGCAGCGUGGUGGUUCUUGUGGUAGUGGCAAUGUGGGUUGGCUCCAAUUUAGCUAGACAUGCUCCUCUUCCACAAGGUGCUCUCCUCACCCUCCUCUACAUGUCAAUCAAGCUUCAAGUUGACUCAACCUGAAUCAUCUCCUCUAAGUUUCACUACGUUUAGGUUGUAAAUAGCUAGAUUACAUUGUUCUCUAUUCCAAUGGUAAGAAGUGUGUCCUAUGAUUUGGAUCUUGGAGAAAAUCGAAAUAGUAGUAAAGAGAACAGAUUGCU